AACGACCAUUACCACUAUGCAACAAUUCGAAUUGCUCGACCCACCCUCUGACGCUAUCUCUUCUGUUGUAUUUAGUCCUACCACCUCUAAUCAUUUAUUAGUAUCAUCAUGGGAUAAGACCGUAAAGUUAUACGAUGUCGAGGAAAACUUACUUCGAGGCUCCUAUAAUCACAAAGCGGCUGUUCUUGAUUGUUGUUUUUCUGACGGUGCCCACGUGUACAGCGCCGGAUUAGAUCAUUGUGUAAAGAGCUUUGACAUUAAUACGCACAACGAAGGUCUGGUGGGAACACAUGAGCAAGCCGUAAAGUGUGUCGAAUACAAUCUAGAAAACAAUCUGAUCGUGUCAGGUUCCUGGGACGCGACUAUUCGAUUGUGGGAUGUUCGUAAUAAGGACGCGCAGACCGGAGUAUAUAAUAUGGAUUAUAAUGCAAAGGUCUUUGCAAUUUCUUUAGUCUCUUUCAAAUUGGUGGUUGCGACUGCCGGGAGGCAAUUUUUUAUUUACGAUAUAAGGAAUAUGUCAGAAACACGCCAAAAGCGGGAGAGUAGCUUGAAGUUUAUGACUCGAUCUGUCAAAUGCAUGCCUAACGGGCAAGGCUACGCAUGCAGUUCAAUUGAAGGACGCGUCGCAGUAGAAUUCUUUGACCCUUCACCGGAGGCACAAUCGCGGAAAUACGCCUUCAAGUGUCACCGAAGGGUUAUCGAUGGUAUUGAUACCGUAUACCCAGUUAAUGCGUUAGCGUUUCAUCCUACUCACGGUACAUUCGCUUCGGGAGGAUCUGACGGUGUUGUCAACAUAUGGGAUGGGUUCAACAAGAAACGCCUUCGUCAAUAUCCUCAAUACCCGACUAGCAUUGCCAGUUUGGACUUUAAUAAGGAUGGCACAUGCUUGGCCAUAGCUAGCAGUUAUACAUUUGAGGAGGGUGAGAAGGAUCACCCACCUGAUUCCGUCUUCAUAAGACCCAUCAGUGAGAAUGAGUGCAAACCCAGACACUUGACGUCCACUGCUUGA